GUAAGGCAAUGCUCUGAUCAUGCACGCCCAAGGGAUGCAGGUCGAUCCAAGAGCGCUUCGUCGACGUAUCGUUCUGUCCAUCGUGCCAUCCGACAUGUGCAGAGCCAUGCCAUCGACCUGAUACUCUCAUUGAGGCUGCAUGUCCACCGGUGCAAGUCGACAUACCCUCAGGGACAAUUGACUGAAGCCAAAUAUCCUACGAACCAGGGUCCGGUUGAGAAGCGCUCGGUCACCCAACAACUGCAUCUGAUCCUUUUCCCCCUUCCGCCAUGCGUUGCUUGACAAAAAGGUGUUGACCAGGAUUAGGCCGAUUCGAGCGGCCGCGUGCCCGCGCAUCGCCGCCUUCGCUGACCCGGAAUUGGCGGAUAUAAAGGAACCUCCGCAAGGCUGCGGGCAGCGCGCACCGCACACAACACCAGCGGUUCUGGCAAGCACCGUUUGCUGCCGGCUCCCACCAAUGUUUCUAGUCUAGCACUGAGUAUCAGGUGAGGAGAGUGACGUUUGGUUUCGUGAUCGGCGUCCAUAUAUGGUCGUUUCUGCAAUGGAAAUGGAGUCAACCGUCGACGGGAAGCCGCCGAGAUCGAGUUGCUUUCCUGUUUCAGCGACACAAACCACGUCAUAUACGGGUGUGGUGUUUAGAAGAAUGCUCUAUUGCAAAGUCUGUGCCUGCCUGAUUAUUCAUGUGCCUUUGUCAUUGCUUCAAGCAUGGCACGGGGAGGAGUUCGUAUCUCCUUGAUCUUGCAUGAAUGCUCUUCGGCUUCAAGGCUGGUCGUCUAGGUAUAAAGUCGACGAGCAAUGUCUUCGAGGAGCAUCCCAAGUCCAAGCAAGCCGCAGCAGCUCGACCCUCGGACUCUCGAAUACCAAAUCUCCAACACGAAGUCAAUCCAACAAUACCGAAGCUCAAGAUGGCGACACCCCGGGUUUUGUUGACCGGCGCCAACGGGUUUAUUGGAAGUCAUCUCCUGUCCCUCUUCCUGGAAAAGUCAUGCUUCGUGCAGGCCGUGGUUCGAACCGACGCCAAAGCAAAGAGAGUCAUGAAGGACUUCCCCGGCUUUGACAGAUCCAGGCUCGACUUCUCCAUCGUGCCAGACAUCACGGCGCCGGGGGCUUUCGACCAGUGCAUCAAGGACGCCCAACCCCUCGACGUGAUUAUCCAUGCCGCUUCCCCCUUCAACUACACUGAAGCCAAGACAACCGCGGAUUUCAUCGACCCAGCCAUUCACGGCACCACGGAAAUCCUGAAAUCCGCCGCCAAGUAUGCCCCAGGCCUCAAACGACUUGUCAUCACCAGCAGCUUUGCGGCAAUCGGGAACCCGUUGGAUCUCCAAGGGAACGGCAGAGUGUAUUCGUCCGAGGUGUGGAACCCGGUGACCAAGGAGCAGGGAUACUCAGGCGAUUUGAGACUGGCGUAUUGGGCAAGCAAGAAGCUUGCAGAGGAGGCAGCCUGGGAGUUCAUGAAGACGGAGAAACCGAGCUUUGAACUCGUCGUCCUCAACCCGCCCAUCGUGUACGGUCCCCUCAAGCACAGCAUCGAUUCCAUGAGCGAUCUAAACACAUCGAACACGGUUCUUUGGAACUUCAUGACCUCUGAGAAAGGGGCUUCGGUCCCAGAGGACACUCUGCACGUCUUUGUCGAUGUUCGGGACUUGUCAUUCGCGCACUACCAGGCUGCUUUUGCUCCCGGAGUCGGGGGCCGUCGGUUUCUCAUCACUCCCGGCAGCAAUAGCAACCAGGAAACUUGCGACAUUCUGCGAAAGGAGUUUCCGGAGCUCGACGGGCAGAUCCCGCUUGGCCACCCAGGCCAGCACGCCUUACCUGCGGGGUCCUUCAAGAUCGACAACUCGUCGUCGCGGGAGGUGCUGGGGGUGACGUAUCGAUCCUUUGAAACGACUGUCGCGGAUACUGCGAGGAAUUUGCUGGAGGUGGAAAAAGCACUGAGUGCAAAGGCAUGAGAAGGGGAUGAUGGAGAUCUAGCGAGAAUGUUGUGAAAUCGACGGUGGUAGUGGUAGCAGUAGUAGUGCAGAGAUGAGUAUUCCGGUAAGACUUGAUACAUAAAGAACCCAACCCAAAACUCC